AUGCUCAGCAUAGAAGACAGCAUAUUUAUGAUCAUAAUAACAGGAGCACUCAUAGUAGGAUUACUGGGGAACGGAUUUAUUGGAUUAGUGACCUGCAUUGACUGGGUUAAGAAGAAAAAGCUCACCUCUAUUGACUACAUCUUUACGAGUUUAGCUUUCUCCAGAAUUUCUGUGAUUUGCAUCUUAGAAGUAGACAUGAUCUUACAGAUAUUCUACCCUGAUGUUUCUUUUGCCAGUAAAAUAAGGGUGGUCAAUAAUCUAUUCUGGGUACUUGGCAAUCAUUCAAGCAGCUGGUUUGGCACUUGCCUCAGUGUCUUCUAUCUCCUGAAGAUUGCGAACUUCUCCCAUCCACUUUUUCUCUGGCUGAAGUGGAGAAUUGACAGGCUCACUGUCCCUCUCCUCCUGCUGUGCUGCAUUAUCUCUUUGUUGACGUUCCUUGCACUAGUAAUGAUAGUGAACUCUGAUGACCAGCUUCAUAUCACCGAGGAACACAACAUCACUGAACUGCUCUAUGUGAGUGAAUUUCGUCAGCUUACAAUAUUCAAUAUCUUUGGCUUUAUGGUAAUUGUCCCAUUUGCUAUGUCAUUGAUCUCACUUUUCCUUUUAAUUUUAUCUCUAUGGAGACAUACUAAGCAAGUGAAACACAAUGCUGCAGGCUCUAGAGACCCCAGCACCGAGGCCCAUGUGAGGGCCAUGACAACUGUGACUUCAUUUGUCUUUCUACUUUUUGUGUACUAUUUGUCUUAUUUUCUGAUGGCCUCUAGCUACAUUGUGAGAGAAAAGAAGCUUGCUGUGCUGUUUGGAGAGACCAUAGCAAUUCUCUAUCCCACCGGCCAUUCACUUAUUUUGUUGCUGGGAUCUAACAAGCUGAGGCAGACAUCUGCCAGGAUGCUGAUGCGUGUUAAGACAGCCUGCAUGAUGCAAAAUCUUAACUUUGCAAACAGACUGUAA